AGACAAAAUACAAUAUAAGUCUCUCCGAAUUGUAGUAGGAGCUAUGAAAUCUUCUCCCACUAACGCCCUGCAGGUGGAAUGCUCGGACCCCCCUUUAUCCAUUAGAAGGCAAUAUUUGGCAGACAGAUUCCUUUUCAAAGUUAUCCAAAAUUCAUCCCAUCCGCUUAUCGAUAAACUUCAUCAAUUAUCAGAAUUUAUAUCAUACGAUAAAUUCUGGACACAUAAAACGACUCCAUCCUUGUUCCGAAGCUUCCUUAAAUUUCUGCGACUUCCUUCUCCAGUGCACCAAUGUGUCCUAAACCCUCUAUUUGACAAUCCUUAUCACUCACUAGUAUAUCGACCUGAUAUCUCUCUUGACUUAGGCAUCAGUAAAAAAUCCACUGAUGCUGAGGUUCGGUUACAGGACUACAUCAGUAAAAAAUGGAACAACUGGCUUGUUAUGUACACAGAUGCCUCAAAGCUAUCUGAUCAAGAGUGUGUUGGUGCUGCUGUUUGGAUUCCCAAAUAUAAAAUAAUUCUAAAUUUUAAAUGCCCACCGGUCUCUUCAGUCUUUUCGGGUGAAGCCAUUGCUAUCCUUGAGGCUCUCCUAUAUACAGAGUCGCAUAAUGUUGAUAAAACUGUCAUUUUAUCAGAUUCUAAAAGUUGUCUCCAGGCUAUUUUGUCCAACCCCUUCCGUAAUAAAUCCAACUUCCCUUGUAUCCUGAAAAUUAGAGACGUGUUAUACAGGUGCCACCUUCAAGAAAUUAGAGUUUCCUUGGCCUGGAUCCCAGGCCAUUCAGGAAUAGUAGGUAACGAAGCCGUUGACCUGAUGGCCAAAGAUGCCACUAAUAAUAGUUGCCUCACUCACCCUCAAGUAUUUUGUCAUGACUUAUUCUCAUUAGCAACCCAAAAGAUGAUGUCAUCAUGGCUCGCUGAAUGGAAAGAGUCUAGUAAGGUGAAAGGAAAAUAUUACGCCGACAUUCAAAAUUUUAUUCCUAAGAAGCCUUGGUUCUUCGAAUACAAUGAAGCAUCUAAAUUUUGCACCUCCACUUUAUGUCGACUAAGGCUGGGCCACUCAAGUACUCCUGUACAUUUAGCCAAAAUUAGGAUUAGGGACAACUCACUUUGUGAAUGCGGGCUUGAUGAUGGUUCUCCAGACCACAUCUUUUUCAAUUGUCCCAAAUAUUCUGUUUCACUGUACGAUAUCCUUCCCCCAUACAUUCCCAAACCCACAAAUUUUAAAACACUCCUUAAUUAUGUUAACUCCCCUUUUAUUGUUAUCCUAUGUAAUUAUAUAACUAGCAAUAACAUAAAAUUAUAAUGUGUUUGUUCUAUCUAACAUACUAACACUUGUGUUUAUAUAUUGUGUCCGUCCUUUCAGGUAAAUCAACAGCUCCGCAGCAUCAAAAUUUAAAUUCUAUGUAUUAAAACUUGCAUUUCUCACAUUGUCCUCCCACAAGGCUCGUUGUACCGUAGUAACAUAGCUGCAGUAGCCCUUACAUUCUGCUAAGCGGAAAACUCGACACUGGCGAAAUCUUAAAAAGAAGGAACCGCCAUUGAACAAAACGAAGAAGAAGAUUUUUUUACUUGCCAUUGGCGAAAUCAUCGUUUCUUUCGAUGGAGCCGUAGCAUUUAAAAGAAGAAGAUUAAAAUCAUUUGUGAUGCACUCGUGAGCCGAUGUAUGUUUUCAAGAAAAUGGAGUCAAAAUUAAAGACGAAACAAGAACAAGAGCAGCUUGCUGUUACAGAAAAAUAGCUGACUGAAAACUUGGAAACUAGAUAGGAAAAGGCUUACUUUCAAGUGCAAGAAAGAAUUUGAAGAAUAUAAGCAAAAAUCCGAAGAAAAUUAUCAACAGCAACUGAGAACGCAAGGAGAAGAAUUGAAAAAGACACUACAAGCUCAAGUCGAUGAAAUUCGUAAAAUGUUUUCUACAUUGUCAAGUGGGAGUACUGGUUCUCACAAACAAUUGUUGAGUCAAGUGGAACAGUCAAUUACAACCAGUGUAACACCACUUGCAACAACUGCAACUAAUAAUCCUGAACAGUCUGGGCGCGAAACUAAAGGAACUUAUGUCAAUUGGCGUUUUUAUUAUGACGAAAUACGAUUCAUACCCUUAUCCGAAUUAAAAAUAACGUUAACAAAGCUACAAAAUUUGGACAUAACCGUAGAAGCAAAUAAAGCAACAGCGAUGGCUUUGAUUGGUCAAUUAAUAUCAUCCGGAUUUACUGUGAGGAGAAAUCGUAGAUUUCCCCUCAAUGGUGAUUAUGUUUAUAUUAAUUGGAUAAAUGACUUAUAUGCACAUAUCAAAGAUAUUGAUAACGAUUGUGUUAAUAUCAAUUACAAUAAUUCCAUAAGUGUUAUUUUUAAUAAAUUUGUGCAAAUAAAUAAUGAUAAAGGUUGGAACGAAGCUCACAAUUAUGCACAUGCAACUUACUUGAAAUUUUUCCAAGAAACAACAACGCCGCAAUCGCGUCUGGACACAUAUUUGUGGUGCCUGUGUCGCUUAAUGCAUAUUGAAAACAAACUUUUAGGAGAAGAUCAGUUUUGUUAUGUGUAUAAUGUUACUACUUUUGAGAAAGACUAUAAUUUAACAUGGAAGGAAGUUGAGUAAUAAAAAUAGGUUCACGUGGCGACUUCUUAAUUGGGCAUAUCCAUUUUGUCUGCAACACCUGAAUUUUAUUCAGAGUUUAGAGAGAUCCCUAAGUAAAAUUUAUUUAUGUUGUUUCUAUCGGCCCCUUGGAGUUUCAUGAAAAGAUAAAUUACGUAAGUACUUAUGAAUUUGUUUUCAAUUAAAUAUGUGUCAAUUUAGUACACAACGCCAUCGACGUGCCAUCGGGUUGCCAGAGCACACAAAAAAAUGGAAUGGCAGUUGAAUAGUAGCUCGACGGCUAGCCACUGACAAGCGUUAAAUUUUAGCGGAAUACACACAACUGAGAUAAUUUCAAAUUGGCAGACGUGGAGCCCAAGCAAUUGGUGUGGUCUCACAAUUGUUAUUUUACGAAUUAUACAACUAUAUUGUUGUGUCGGCACUGCACUAAACUUAUGUGUAUCAUGACCGCACUCGAAACAAAUAGCACUUAUAACACAAGCUUAUAUUUGUUAUUUAGACAGCCGCCUCUCAAAAAUAUUUCCCAUCUCUGAAGAAACAGCCUGUAUCCAAAUGACAUACUUUAAUGUCAACAUCACACGUUUUAUUAUCUAUUAAAUUAAUAAAUUUGUAUACAAUAAUUUUGUAUAUAAAAUAAUAAACAAACUGAGCCUUAAGUCUAAAGACAGAAAGAAAGUUUUAAGUCAUUAUCAUAGAUAUCGGAAUAGGCAAAGUAUGUUAAACUUGAAGGAACUAUAUUUGAAAUCCGCGAACUAUUGUAUUGUAUUUGUUUUAUGUAUUAUAUAGUGUAUGCACCGAUUUCUUUACUACGAUAUAGUAUAUUUAGAAGAAAAGUUUGUAAUAAAAGCAAACAUACGUUAACUGUUGUGAUGGAACUGAUUUUUCGUCUUUUAUUUUUAAUCGUACUGUUUCUUUGUAUUAUGCAUUUGUGAAUAUGACUACGGACAUUGUGUGUUUAUUUCUAAGUACUAUACUAAGCUUGAAGUGGCGAUUCGACAAUGUGAGCUUAUUUUCAGAAAGAUUUGUGUGUUGUGUAUAAUACAGAUGUACUGUGAUAUAGCGUCCCAAAAGUGUGAGUAAAGUGUAAAGGUGGUUUUCCACUAGCGAAGCGAAGCAAGACGAGGCGAGAUGAGAAUUGAAAUUUGUAUGACAAAAUUUGAAUUCUCUCCUAUAGUCGUGCCACAAGAUAGCAUUCUCUUUUUUACAGAUAGUUUUAGACUCGUAACACAUCCCCUUUAAUCAGUAUCAUUAAUACUAGUAUGGUACUAGUUACUAAAAUACUAUAGUAAUUUAGUAGCAUUCAUACCAACCUGAGAUAAAGUCUGGCUAAAGUCAAGUGGAAAAUUUUAAAAACUAGUGUGUUAAAACCAAAAAAAAUAUUGUAAAGGUAUGCGUAUGUACACAACCAAAGUCACCAUCUGUAUUCUUUUCACACGAGCUGGAACUCAAUUCACUUAAAUUUACGAUUAUUUGUGUUUUCGAUUGCUUGUCAUAAUGUACAUCUCUCAACCAGUCUGAAUUAAUUUCAUUUUACAUUUUUCUCUACAACGUGUGGUUACUUUAGUAAUUUGUUAAUAUUUUUUUCGGCGAAAUUAACAUUUAGUUGUAAAUAUCACAAGUAUGUAAUCUUAUGAACGGUGUCUACAACAAUUGAUUUGAUAUUAUGUAUUCAUAAAAAAUAUCGUUAAUGGCAACACUUAACAAUUUAAUUUUUGGGGAUAUUUCUACCAUACUACAUAAUUUCUGUUUAUCACAUGUAAACAACACGUGAGUGAGAGACAUCGAUAGGUUUAAGGAAAAAAAACAUAGAACAUAACCGUUUAAGGGUCGUAUUCC